AUGAAAGCAACAGCCUUUGCCUUGCUCUUGGCUCUGGCACUUAUGACCAUCUUCAAUGUAGAAUGUGCCACACACCCUCAACAGGUUGAUUGCAGUAAAUAUAAGAAGUUACCACCAGGAAAAGAGGGAAUUUGUUAUGAAAUAUAUGCACCAAUUUGUGGAUCUGAUGGCGAAACUUACCCUAAUGAUUGCUUCUUUUGUCAUGAAGUUCAGCAGUAUCAUAAUCCCUAUCCCCAGAGCAGCCCACCGGGACAGAUUUUGGCUGUUUUUAAUUACUCACAGAGAGAUAAAUGUGAGCUCUCUGCUGCACAGCCUUUCCAGGCCAAGGGCACUAUGUCCAUUGGUGUUGUAGAGAAUGCCUGCUAG